AAGCCAAGCAACAAGCUGCCACAAAGCUUUCCUUCGAUCCGAACGCACCCAGCUGAGGAAGAAGAGCGGAGGAAGAGCAGAAGAUGUGGACGCAGCCUUACAGGAAGAGCGACCCUGAGGCCGGGGACAGGCCGCUGUACCCGGCCAUGCUGGAGAGCCCGCAGCUCCGGUGGGCCUUCAUCCGCAAGGUCUACUCCAUCGUGGCCUUCCAGCUACUCGCCACGAUCGCCGUCGGCGCCGUCGUCGUCUACGUCCACCCCAUCGCCCACUUCUUCACCUCCACCCCGGGCGGCCUCGCCCUCUACAUCGUCCUCAUCAUUGUGCCCUUCAUCGUUAUCUGUCCAUUGUACUACUACCAUCAGCGGCAUCCUGUGAACUACCUGCUGCUCGGGAUAUUCACCAUCUCGCUCGCGUUUGUGGUUGGACUGACUUGUGCAUUCACGAGUGGGAAAAUCAUCCUCGAAUCUGUUAUCUUGACGACCGCUGUGGUAAUCAGUCUUACCCUCUACACUUUCUGGGCUGCGAGGAGAGGCCAUGACUUCAACUUCCUAGGGCCCUUCUUGUUCGGUGCUAUCUUCGCGCUUAUGAUCUUUGCUUUUAUACAGUUACUGUUCCCUCUUGGUAGGAUCUCGCUCAUGGUGUAUGGAUGUUUGGCGUCGAUCAUAUUCUGUGGGUACAUCAUAUACGACACGGACAACCUGAUCAAGCGCUACUCCUACGAUGAAUACAUAUGGGCCUCUGUGUCGCUGUAUUUGGAUGUGAUCAAUCUCUUCCUGUCCUUGCUCACGAUCUUCCGUGCUGUGGAGAGCUGAUGGGUCUUCUUCUUACUGCUUGAAAGCUUAAAUUCCUCUGUUUUUGACCCAGAAAACAUCAAAUCGACAUUGGCACAUAUUGUUUGUCAAAUAUGAUCCGUAGCAACUAUGUGAACCAAUGGAUCGAUUUGUUGAUAGUGUACAUUUUUCUUCUGUUGUACUUUUGUUUCCUUAGUGACCAAUCUGUAUUUGUAUAAACAUCAUCUGUGAUCUUUUAUUGGUGCUAUAUGGAAAAUCCUUUCGAUUAAACA